AUGUUCCAGCCUGAUACUGAUAGCACCAAUCGAACAUCGGCAUUGAGUGCUACUGAGUUGUUCAAAAUCAAAGAUGUGCGCAUUGGAGAUUAUACUAUGAAAGCUUGGUUUGUUGCACCAUACCCUGAAGAAUACACCCAGCAGCCCCAACUUUACAUUUGCGAAUUCUGCUUCAAGUACAUGGCGAGUGAUUAUAUUGCGGGUCGGCAUAAGCUGAAGUGUGCCAUGAAACAUCCACCUGGAGAUGAGAUAUAUAGGGAAGGAGCGAUAUCGAUAUUUGAAGUAGACGGACGCAAAAAUAAGGCAACUGACGAUGUUCCCUACCAUAAUCAGAUGUACUGUCAAAAUCUAUGUCUCAUUGCCAAGAUGUUUCUGGACCAUAAGACUUUAUACUAUGACGUUGAGCCGUUUCUAUUCUAUAUCAUGACUGAGGUUGAUGAGGAUGGCUGUCAUUUUGUCGGCUACUUUUCGAAGGAAAAAUGUUCGGCCAUGAAUUACAAUGUUUCCUGUAUAUUGACACUACCAUGUUAUCAACGGAAAGGAUACGGACAAUACUUGAUUGACUUUAGCUACUUAUUAACGAAACGGGAAGGCAAAACGGGAACUCCGGAAAGACCUCUCUCAGAUCUCGGUUUAUUGAGCUACCGAAGCUAUUGGAGAUCAGUUCUAUUUCGAGAAUUGCGAAAAGUGGAUGAAGCUACCAGUGUUGAAGAACUCAGCGCAAGAACAAGUCUAACUCCAGAUGAUAUUAUCGCCUGUCUUCAGCUGAACGAUAUGCUUUUCAAAGACAAGAUCACUGGAAGAUAUCAAAUCGACAUACAUGAUCAGACUCUUGAGGAGCAUGCGAAAAAAAUGGCUCAAAAAAAUUAUAUCCAAAUCGUGCCUGAGAAGUUGACUUGGACUCCCUUUGUCCUGUCAAAGGAGAGAUUGGCCAGUAUUACGGGCGAAGCUACCCACCAAGUUAAAUAA